AAAAAAAAAACAGAGAGCAAAAAUAAAUAAAAAAAUAAAAAAACGCGGCUGCCCUGUGCACCAAAACCAGAGGGAGUCCCUCUCUUUCUCUCUCUCUCUUUCUCUUUCUCUCUGUGCUAAUCGAUUCCAGCUAAAGAGAUCGCACCAAAAAAAAAAAAAAAAAAAAAUCCAAAAAAGCCCCCCAAAAAAUAAAAUUUCGAGAGAUCCAUGUGUUUAAGUCGCUUUAUUUUAUUUUUCUGAAAUUGAGCCGUUUUAAAAUUUUGGUUUGGUGUUGGAUUCGCGAUCGAGUUUCAGUUUUUAUCGAAAUUAGGGCAGAAGCCCCCCUUUCCCUUUGGUGGGUUUUAGGGAGUUGUAAAUAAUGGUUCGAAGAAACUUCUGGGCUUUCAAUAAUAGAAAAUUUCGUUUGAGAACUUGAUUAUUGGGGUGAGGUUUACUUUAUUAUUAUUUUUCUGUUGAAUGAUUUCUUUAGGGAGUAACGAUGCGAGGAAGGGGCUAGGGCUAGGGUUUGGUGGGAGAGAAAUGGAAGAUACUGAGCUUGAAGAAGGAGAGGCUUGCUCUUAUAAUAACAAUAACGAUGAUUAUGAUACCACCACCGACCCUGAGAAUGAUCUAUCUUCUCUCGCUUACAUAGACGAGAAAAUCCAACAUGUUCUCGGACAUUUUCAAAAAGAUUUUGAAGGUGGAGUUUCUGCAGAGAAUCUUGGGGCAAAAUUUGGUGGGUAUGGAUCAUUCUUACCUACUUAUGCACGUUCUCCUGGUUGGUCUCAUCCGAAGAGUCCACCAAAAGUUCAGAGUUGCAAUGCACCUAGAUCCCCAAACAAUAUGCAAUUGGAGGAUGGUCGUAAUAGCUCAGCAGGUUGGGCAAGUGGUUCACAAGCAUUGAGGCCUGGACCUCCUACAAAUUUUGAUACCCUCCCUGCUUUGAAGGCACCAUCUUCGAAUGACUCGAAUAAACAAGAGGUUGGUGUAACAUCCACUCAUGCUGAUGAGCUUGCCUCUAGGUGCGAAUUUGCAAACAAGAAAGCUGCCAAUCUGCCAGACCAGAAACCGUUGAAGGUGCGAAUCAAAAUGGGGUCAGAUAACUUGUCAACGAGAAAAAAUGCUGAAUUCUACAGUGUUGUUGGCCUUGAUGUCUCACCAUCUUCCUCCUUAGAUGAUAGCCCUUCUGAAAGUGAAGGGAUGUAUCGGGAGACACAAGAGCCAUUAUUUGAAUCUCCAACCAGUAUUCUUCGGUUUAUGACUUCGUUCCCAGUGCCUGGAGAGGCACUACUAUCACCUCUCCCUGAUGAUCUGCUUAACUUCACUAUAAAGGAAAAGAUUUCAAAAGAGAACAGAUCUGAUUCUGGCAAGGUUGAUGGAAUAAUAUUGGGAGACAAGAAAGCUAAGUCAAUGGAGAAAAAGAAUUUCCCAGCAGAAAGGAAGAGUGGCAAUAACAGGGAAACAAGGAAUGAUAAUGGUAUCAUGUCAAAGAAGGAAGCAGAUAUUGACACGUUGGCUUGUGAGGAGCUUGUUUCUAAAACAUUGAAGCUUCCUCUUUUAUCUAAUUCAUAUUCUGCUAUUGACAGGGUAAAAAAUAAGGGCAUAGCAAGAAACAGAGGUGCCCAUGAUGUAGCAAUGGAGGAAUCACUGGAGCCAAUACUUACCCAAGAGGUUGGCUGGGAUAAACCAAGGGCUGGUUCAGCUCGAAAGGUUUUGGAGGAACAAAAGACAAGUGUUCUCAAUGAUAUUUCAGGAUAUGCAAGAAAAGAUGGGUGUAGUAAAGCAGAAAAAAUUUAUGAUCCCAUGAAAGCUGACUCCUAUACUCUUAAGGGUAGCAAAGCUCUAAAUUGUGAACCAGUAGAUCCUCCCAAGCAGAAGGUCAGCCAGAGAGCUACAUCAUAUGAACAAGACAAUAUGAAGUUACCUCCUGCAAAGCAGCAUACCUCUUCUGGUGGAAAAAGAAAAUCAAAAGGCAGUCAGGGUCAUGGCAGUCUAGCUGCAGAGGUACCAAAAGAAAGCUUGAGGGCUGGUCCUUCAUCGAUGCUGAAAAAUAAGCAGACUGCUCAUGUUAACAAUUAUACAAUCAAAAGGGAAUCAGGAGAACCAAAGUUAGAAAGGCCUUUUCGAAAGGCUGAAGAUAGAUAUAAAGAUUUUUUCGGAGAUAUGGGGGAACCGGAACAGGAAGAGAACCUAAAAAUUUCAUUGGAGAUUCCUUCUGAAGAUCGGCUGAAAGAAGCGGAUAAGGUUGAAAGAAAUAUAUCAGCCAUUAACAGUGCAUAUAAUGAUAGACUAAGUGUUAAGAAAACUGAGGAUCUAUUGGCAUCCGAAUCAUACCCUAAACCAACUAUGGAUGGUGCUUCUAAUUCUGCCAAUGUGAAUGUAGCUGGAACUUCCCAUGCAUCUGCAGCUCCUAUAUUGAUAAAAGAAAAUUGGGUUGCUUGUGACAAGUGCCAUAAGUGGCGUCUUCUUCCAUUAAGCAUAAAUCCAGCUGACUUACCAGAGAAGUGGUUAUGCAGCAUGCUUAACUGGCUGCCUGGAAUGAAUCGCUGCAGUGUUGAUGAGGAGGAAACUACAAAAGCUGUUUUCGCAUUGUAUCAGGUUCCUGUUGCAGAGAGUCAAAAUAAUUUGCAAAAUAAUCCUGGCAAUAUAAUGUCCAGAUUACCCUCAGCUGAUGCCCUGCAACCUGACCAAAACCAACGGAGUUUUGGUUCAAAUGCCAUGCCCAGUGCUGGAAGGAAGAAACAUAGUUUAAAAGAAACAUCAAAUGCAAUGGAUAAAGAUGGGCCAACUCCUACAAAGAAGAACGUGCAGUCAUCAGCCCGAUCUGGAAGCCUAACUGAUGUGACUCGAUCUCCUGUGGUAGGUGAACCUGGUUUACAGCACCUAAGCAGAUCUUCUGAUUUAUCUGUCGAGAAACAUAAAAAUAAGCAGAAAGAGAAGCAUAAAGUGUCAGAGCACAGUUCUGAUGGAGGUGAUGACAAAACUUCGAAGAUGAAAGGCAAAAGGGUCACUGAUCAAGAUUCUUUAAGGGCCUCCAAGAAAAUUAAGACUGAAAGUUUGCAUCUAGCUGAUGAAGAUUGGGUGUUUGAGCAUGCUGUUAAGGGGGGGCCUAGCACAAGUAAUGGUUUGCCUACCACAUUGGUAGGAAAGGAUCAGCCUAAACACAGUGAACGUUCUUCUCAUCGGGAUUCAAAGUUAGAUAAGGACCGACAACAGGCCUAUGGUAAAAGACUAAAGGACAAAGUUCAGGUUUCCUUAACUGAUGGAUCGCUGGAUAUGGCAAAUUGUGAUGGUGGGGAAAUUUCAAGAAAGAGGAAAGUUGAUGAAUGUAUUGAUUGUCAAUUAAAUACAGGUUCCCUCCAAAGUAUGGGUAAUAACCUCCAGGAUAGCAGAGUGUCUGUAAAGGAAGAGUUCAGUGAGAAUGACUACAGAAGGGAAAAGAAGGCCAGGGUAUCUAAGUCUGGGGGUAAGGAUUCCUCUGCCAGUAAAAGCAGUGGUAAACUGGAGAAAAAAAGUAGGCAUACAAAGAAUCACCGAAGUGGGCAAGAUCCUGAUAUCACUCUGUCCCAAAGGAGCUUGGAUGGUACAGAUUCAUUGAAAAAGGAUCUUGGAUCUGCCCAACCUUCUUUAGCAGCUACCUCAAGCUCAUCUAAGGUUUCUGGUUCACAUAAAUCAAAAUCUGGUUCGCAUAAAUCAAAAACUGGCUUCCAUGAAACAAAAGGCUCACCAGUAGAAUCAGUUUCUUCAUCACCUAUGAGAAUUGCUAAUCCAGAUAAACUUUCAUCAACAAGGAGGAAUGUUAGAGGGAAAGAUGAGUCUCGUGAUGCUGGUUUUUUGGUUGCAGGUAGCCCAAGAAGAUGCUCAGAUGGUGAAGAUAAUGAUGGGAGUGACAGGUCAGGGAUAGGAAGGAAGGACAAAACUUCUGCUGCAGCUCAACAUGGGUCCCUUGCGUCCUCUGCACUUCAUUUGCAGUAUAAGGACGGUGGUCAAUUAGGUGACAGUAAAGCUAAGGGACCAAUUGAAUCUUCUCCUGAUAUUAGAAAAGGUCAAUUUAUGAAUGGUACUGUUGAUUAUUUAGGCCAAGAGGCUCAAUAUGCUGGUAAAUUAGCUACAAUGGAUGAACACUGUGAUGAAGAAAAUCAGAAUAACAACCAUGUUCUUGCUGAUGCUUCUCGUCCAAGAAAGUCAGGCAAGGGAUCCUCACGGUCAAAGGAUAGAAGUCGUAGUUUUAAAUCUGAUUCUGUUGAUGAACAGCAAGAUCGUGCACCGUCAUAUGAGGUAAAACCUAGGGAUCAAAGAAAUAAGUUUCAGGAGAGGUUUGGAGUCAAGUCCGAUCAAAGUGAGAAUAGAUUUGUUGAUAAUAAAGAAUCUGUGGGAAAAUUGUCCGGUGAGAGUAGCAAAAGAGAAAGUCAAUCAAAUGUUGGGGUUCAGGGCCGUUCGGAUGCUAAACCAGAUGCCACAGGAGUUCAAGAUGUAAUGUCUACUGUGAAGCAGAAUAUUGUGCAGGACAGUGAUGGUGAAAAAUAUACAAAGAGGUUCCACCCUGACAAAUCUGAUCAUGCAGAAAUUGCUUCUGGGAGAGGGAAGUCAGUAUCAUUACCACCCUCUGGAGGAACUCAAAAUGAGAUGCUUUCUCGUUGCCCCCGCCCAGUUUCUGGGUACCAAAAGGGAAAUGGAGUUGAUGGAUCUCAAGGUGAUGAUGCAUUGAAGAUACAAAAACAAAUAAAGAAGGCUGAUCUUCAAAAUGGAACUCAGCACAGUAGUUCAAGACAUACUACAUCAGGUGGACGUAGGAUCAGGGAUGUUGAUGCACCAAGUCCACUGAGAAAGGAUUCCUCAAGCCAGGCAGCUACCAAUGCCUUGAAGGAGGCUACAGAUUUAAAGCAUUUAGCUGAUCGUGUCAAGAACUCUGGUUCAAAUGUGGAGAGCACUGCACUUUACUUCCAGGCAGCACUGAAGUUUCUUCAUGGUGCCUCUCUACUUGAAUCUUGCAACAGUGAUAGUGCCAAACAUGGAGAGAUGAUUCAGAGUAUGCAAAUGUAUAGUAGCACUGCGAAGCUUUGCGAGUUUUGUGCCCACGAGUAUGAGAGAUUAAAGGACAUGGCUGCUGCUUCUUUGGCCUACAAGUGUAUGGAGGUGGCAUAUAUGAGGGUCAUAUAUUCAUCUCAUGCCAGUGCAAGUAGAGAUCGACAUGAAUUGCAGACAGCUUUACAAGUGGUUCCUCCUGGUGAGUCUCCUUCUUCUUCUGCCUCUGAUGUUGAUAACUUAAACCACUCAACAACAGCAGACAAGGUUGCUUUUCCGAAAGGUGUUACUUCUCCUCAGGUUGCUGGAAAUCAUGUUAUUUCUGCUCGAAACCGUCCUUACUUUGUGCGGUUGCUCAAUUUUGCACAGGAUGUAAAUUAUGCAAUGGAAGCUUCCAGGAAAUCACGAAUUGCUUUUGCAGCUGCUAAUUUAAGUUUGGGAGGGGCUGAAAGUGGGGAGGUUAUAUCUUUUGUGAAAAAGGCUCUUGAUUUUAACUUCCAAGACGUAGAGGGACUGCUACGUUUGGUACGCCUGGCAAUGGAAGCCAUUAGCCAUUAAGAAAAAAAAAAUGUGGUUGCUGAGGAUGAUUUUAUACUGGAGGAAAUUUCAUUUUGACGGUUUGUCCUUGGGUAUGAAGUCCUAAUGGAGAAAAGGGGCCAGUUCUUCCUGCUGCAAUCCCUAACACUUCCAUUGUAAAACCGACAAGUGCCUGCUUUCCAACACUCACUGUACAUGUGUGCAAUACUAGAUAAAUCUGGGGUUUUCAGUGUAUUCUUUCAGAAGCUUCAACUGCAUUCUGACACAGCAAUGGGAUGUCCUCUGUUAAUGUCCUUCUCAAGAUGGUAUUGAGGACAUGUAAUUCAUAAGGUUUAUGCGAAAUUGUUCUAAGUUGUAUAAAUAGGUGAUUAUACUCCAAAAAGGAUAGUGGUUGAAGAAAUAAUUUUGUAUAAAGAUAGAGAAGCCAAUUAUAGAUUGAGGCAGGGUGGUAGAAUUCUAAUAGUAGAGUUUGCCAUUGUUUUGACAUUAUUGUUCCCCAGAGGCAGUUUUAGUUCACCUGACUAGUUAAUUUGUUAAUACUAUUUUACUUGGAGACCUCUUUAGGAAAAUACUGGGAUGUGCAUCAGCAUGUGCUUGCUCUUUUGCCACAGUGACUGCUGUUUUCUCAGUUCAAGCACUAUGAAGCAGGGCACUCUACUUUGCAGUCUCAGAUCAGCUGCUGUAGAACCUGCCAUGGUAUAUACUUCCGAUUGAUCAAGAUGAGUAGAAAGAAUAUAGGAAAAAUUAUUUGGUGCAAAUUACAGUGGUAGAGAUCCAAGCAAGGUUGCAAAUUUUUUUCUUUUUUCCCUUUAAAGUAAAUAUUUAUGUAGCAUACACAUCUCUGUAUGAUUCCCAUUUUGGAACGUGGCAAGUGCUUUUGUUUGUGGGAGAGAUCAUUCUAAUAUCUUCAACUUGGCCGUCUCAAUGCUGAUAGGUUGAACAAUGUGGGCAGUUGCAUCAACAGCGAAGCUGGCUAUGGAUCGACUGCGAUGGCAAAAUUGCUACUUUAUCCUCCCUCUUUUUAUAUCUAGGUGACAUCUAUACGACAAAAAUUUUGAUCUGAUUACUGCACGUCUUCGUUGUAUGUACAUAGCUAUAAUAACAUUUAUUCAAGUCUUGAAUAAAAUUUGAGCCUCUGCUUUUGGUCA